CGCUGCAGACCUUACGGAUAUAACGUUUCGACGACGAGUCUCGCCUUCGUUAUUAUUUAUUACUGUUGUUGUUGGAUUUUUGUUGAAAGAUAAUUAAACAUGAGCGAAACCGAAGCUCGACCGAGUUUGGACGUCGCUCGUCAGUAUGGUGUGAAAAAAAUUGAGAUUCACCUCGACAAUUCAAAAGGCGUUUAUAUGCGACGCGUAUCAGGAAGAGUGGAUAUUCAGCUUUCAUCGCCAGUUAAUGCCAAAGGUAUACGCGUCACGUGUAAGGGUGAGGCCAAGGUUCAAUUUAGCGAUCGUAGCAUGGGCAUAAGAACGCAAUACUCCAAGGAUGAGCAGUUCGUGAAUCUGACUCCGUACAUAUAUGGCACGGGGCAUGAUCAAAUCGAAGUAACCAGCGGACACUACGACUUUUCGUUGGAAUUGCCGGACAGGAUUCCCUGCAGUUUCGAAGGAUUGUACGGGCGAGUUCGAUAUACGCUGCAAGCGACUCUGCAACUGCUGGAUAAUGGAUGUGCUGUUUGUAGCGAUGUCAAGCCUUUUACUUUGGCAUCGGUUUAUGAUCUGAAUAGCGAGCCGAAGGCAGCGGAGCCGAUCGAAGAAGACCAUUCAAAAACAUUCGUCGGUCAAAAAGAGCCGCUCAAAAUGUCGUUGCAUUUGCCUGUACGCGGCUUUGUGCCGGGGCAAACAGUACCGCUGUUGAUCAAUUUCAAAAACGAAUCCAAUGUACGAAUGAGCAAGAUUCGCAUUGUUAUGAAAAAGGUCGUAACUUAUCGAGCUCACGAGCGCUCCCGGACGCACAAAGAAAUCAUCGUCGAAAUUGAAUUGCCCGUCUCAGAUCGCGAAGAACAAAUCAAGGAAUUUUUCGACAUCCCAGCUAUUCCGCCCAGUAGAAUGGAAUAUUGUUCCAUCAUUGAUUUGCGCUACAGUCUGAAGGUCGAGUCAUGCGUGGAUCUCACCGAAUGGUACUAUCGAAUGCUGCAGAAAAAUCUGAAAAUACGAGCGGAGAUAUUUGUCGGCACCGUGCCACUGAAGGACUACGAGCAAGCUAUUCCGUACGAAGACGAAUCACCGAUGGGCAGUCGAAAGCCAAGCAGCGCGGAUCUCAGAGGACAAAAUUUCGAAGCGAGUCACAUCUACAAAUCUUCGAAACCGGGCCGAGACGAUCCGGCGGCCAGCAAUGCUUUGCCCGACGAUUUUAACUGCGCGCCGUAUAAUCCCAUGUAUCGAGUCUAUCGAUUCGAAAAAUCGUCCGAUCGUUGA